GAACACUGUAUCGCGUCGCUGUAUAGUCUUCGCACCUUGACCAAAUGCUCUUUGUAACAUCGUCAUAUAUAAAUAGUUAAAUAGAAAGCUGCGCGAGGGCUUGCUUGCGAAAAGCAAAUUCAAAGACAACUGGGCUGCCACAUAUCUAUAUCGCAUUCCUGGUCCAAAACCAUCACUACUUAGAUUCAGAAAUGGCGACCCAGGAGAGGCAGGUGGUUUAAUUCCCUGCGCAAUGGUGGAAUUCGCUUCCCGCGCUGCGUCGAGAGCCAGGCCUCUAGUGGCGCACGGGAUUCGCUCUAAAGCAGCGCAGUGGCCUUGAGUCGGCAGAUGCAGGACCUGACGGGUCUGUUCCUCUCUGCCAGCGCUGGGGCCUUGGGUUCGGGGCUGCCACUUGCGCCAGCGCCUGGCACCUACCCGCUCCCCCGCGGCCACCACGAUGACCUUCCUGAGCUUCCGGCGCACCUCAUGCCGCCAGCAGAAGGCGUGGCACAGGUGUAUGGCGGGCCUACGGGCACACUUCCGCUGCCUCCUAUGCCGCCCCCGCCAGGGCAAUGGCACGGGCGGGUCGGUCGCACGCCCGGUCGGCUGCCGCCCCCCGCUGCCCAUCUCGACCCAACAGCCGAGUUGGCGCAGCAGCUGCACGCACAUGCUCUACAGGCGCUCGCAGCAGGACAUCCGCCAUUGGAGACACUGCAGGCGUUGCAAGCCCAGCUCCCGGCGGACCCGGCCGCGGCUGCCGCCGCGGCCGCGGCGGCUGCGUCUGCCGCUGCAGCGGCUGUGCAGCAACACAACCAGCAGCAGCAACACCACAUGCGGCUACAGCAGCAGCCGCAACAGCACCAACAACAACAGCAACAUUUGCAUACCCAUCCGUAUCACCUCCAACAGCACCCGCAGCUGAACCCACAUCACCACCACCAACUGCAGCACUUUGAGCACCAUCAACAACAACAGCACCAGCACCAGCACCAGCAGCAACAGCAUGAGCAACAAGGGCACCAGCAGCAACAGCAACAACAGCUGGAGCUGCAUGGUGGGGAAGUAGGGGCUGGCGAGCUGCCCAUGCCCACGGCGGAAGUUAUUGCCGCCGCUGCCGCCGCCGCCGCCGCCAAUGCAGCAGCUACCGCCGCCGCAACCGCAACGGCUGAGGCCACUCAACCAGCUGGCGCCAUAGUCUUGUAUGCGGGGACAGGCUCGGACGGCGGUGCUGGCCCUGCCGGGGGCGGCGCAGCCGCAGCCACGCCGCAGCAGGACGGCGACGGCAGGGGUCGCAAGCGGCGCAGGGAGGGGCAAGACGACGGCUCCGGAGAGCAGGAUGGCGAGGACGAGGACCCAGAUGCGGCCGUGGCUGCGGCCGCUGACGCGGCCGCGGCAGCUGCGGCUGGCUCCGAUUCCGACCCCGCGGCAUGGAGUCAGGAGCGCGUAAGGCUGGUCUUUGCGGUGGCCAAGGCAGAUGUGGCCGCGGGCCGCAAACCGGACUACCCCGAGCUCAUGCGCAUGCUUGGCUGGGCCUCGCUGCCUGACCAGCACAAGCUGGUGUACAAGCUCCGCAACAAGUACGCCGUUCUGAAGCGGCUGGUGCAGAGCGGAGCCAGCAGCCUGGAGGAGCGGGCGCAGGAGCGGGUGGACUACCCCUACCCGCUCAUCCGCAAAGUUAAGGAGGCGAUGCGCACGCUGCCCGACUGCACGGGCACGGCGCUGGAGGUGUGGGCGGCCAUCGAGGCCGACGCCUCCUACUCCCAGUACCUGGACCGGCGGCCGUCGGCGGCGGACGGCGGACGGCAGCCGCGCUGGAAGAAGCAGGUGACGCGCAUCCUGACCAGCCGGCCCAAGUUCGGAUUCAUGGCCACCGGCGAGAAGCGCGGCAGCCACAAGGUGUACAAGUACGACGCCGCGCAGGACCACACCUCCAAAAAGGCUCGGCUGAAGUUCGUGCCGGCCGAGCCCAUGCCUGGCGGCCGAGGUGCGGCUGGUGGUGGCGGCGGCGGAGGCAGUGGCGGCGGCGGCGGCGGUGCUGCGGGAGGGCCGGUGCACACGGGCGCGUACGGCGCCCCGGACGACGAGGACGACGAAGAUGGACCCGAAGACGAUGAGGACGGGAACGACAGUGACAGAGGCGAGGGCAACGGCGGCAGCGGUGGCGGACGAGUUGGCGGCGGCCGCGGUGGCGGUGGAGGGGGCGGAGGAGGCGGCGGAGCAGGAGGCAGGAAGGGUAGCGGGCGGACAGGGGCGGCUGGCGGCAGCGGCGCUGGAGGCGGGGCGCAGGUGCGUGCGAACGCAUUGCCGCUGCCGCUGCCCGCGCCGCCGGCAGAGCCGCGGGGCCACCGGGUUCCCUCCGCCCUGCUUGACGUGGGCGUGGAGCCGCUGCUUGGGAAGCCGCGCACGCGACCCAUCUGCAUUGCGCCGGGGGCGCCGCUGCCGCCUCUCGUGGGCGACGACACGGGGGCGGCCGGAUACGGCGGCGGGGGCGGCGGCGGCAGGGAGCGCCACCCGCGGCUGCAUCAAGCCAACGGCCGCGGCGAUGUGCUGCCGCUGCCGCUGCCGGCGGCCGAGAGCGGUGGAGGCGGCGCGGGCGCGUUGACCGGCAUGUCCCAACUGGGUCAGAUGCUGGCGGCCGCGCUGUCGGCGAUGAACGGUGCCGGCGGACUGGACGCCGCAGCGGGCGGCGGCGGCGGCGGAGCCGCGGUUGCAGCCGGCGGCGGCGGCGGUGACGGUGGCAGCGAGGCUGGUGGUGGCGAGCCUGGCAGCACACAGGCGCAGCUGACUGCUUUCUUGCUGCAGCUGUCGGAGUCGGCGGCGCUUUCAGGCGCGCAGACGGAAGGCGCGGCAGCACUGGCGGGGCUGGCGCAACAGCCGCAGCUGCUGUCGGCGAUGGCGGCAGCGAUGGCCUCCGCGGCGGAUGCCGCCGCCGCGGCGGCCGCCGACGCCAACUCGGCCGACCCGGUGGGUCAGCUGGCCGCAGACAUCGCAGAGGCGGCGGCGGCAAUGGCGGCGGCUGCCGCCGACGGUGGCGUUGACAUGUUGACCGCCAGCACUCCAGGCCGCUUUCCGCCACUGCCGCUGCCGGCACCGGCGCCAUCUGACCAUGACCAGCUGCCACUGCCGCUGCCGCCCCUGCCGCUGCCGCCGGCGCCAGGGCACGGAGGGACAAGGGCUGAUAUGGAGGCUGGCGGGAACGACGGGGCCGGCGUAGAGCGCGGUGACGAACGCCCCGGGCUGCCACCGUCGCCGCUGCCGCUGCCCCUUCCAUCGCCGCCACCGCAGCAUCAGCAGCACCAGCAACACCAGCAACACCAGCAGCCGCAGCAGCACCAGCAGCCUGGCUACCAGACGCCCGUGAGGGCGCAGGACGCAAUGGCUGGGGGGCUGCUGCCCUCUCCAUACAACCCCUCACCGCACCAAGGCGCACAAUACGCGCUUGGGCCCGGGGAGCCAACACCACAGGUGCCGGCACACCUCGUGCGGCCACAGCACCAGCAGCAACAACAACCGCAGCAACAACAGCCGCAGCAACAACAGCCGCAGCAACAACAGCCGCAACAUGAGGAUUCGUGGUUGCAAGCCUACCAGCACCAAGCACGCAUGCAGCAGCUGCCCCGACCCCAUCCGCAUACCCACCAGCAACAGCAGCCGCAGCAACAGCAGCAACAACAGCAACAGCAGCAACAGCAACACCUGACGGCGCUGGCUCCACAACAGGCGGCGACCGCCGCUGCUCCGACGCACCCUAGCUACCAGCAGGAGGCUGGCCAACCAUACUCACACCAUCACCAACAACCCCACCAACAAGCACAUCAACACCAGCAGCAACACCAGCAGCACCAGCAGCAGCACCAGCAACAGACACAAGCCAUGUACCCACCGGGAGUCGUGGCUGCUGCUGCAGCAGCGGCGGCGGCGGCGGCCACGGCCGCCGUCGGCAUAGGGCCGUCCGAGGCCCGAGGGGCUGCUCGCAGCGGCGUCGCGGGACACGCUGCGGGCGGUGGGCCCAUGGGGGCGGGUGCCCUGGUUGGGGUCACAGGGGAAGGCAUGGGUGGGCCUGAGGCCGCGGAGGACGGUGGAGAUGACAAUCAACCACAGACCGGCCUCAGCGCCCUUGCUGCGGAGUUCCUCAGCACCUUUCCCGCCCAGUACAACGCAGGAGGAGAGGCGUCUCCACAGCAGCAACAGCAGCAGCAGCAGCAGCAACGACCGCCGGCGGCGCACGCGCCACCGCCGCACGCGGGGUACGGCCAGGCGGGGCUGCCGGCUGGAGGCGACGUGGGGCCGUACGGUUACCCCCUGCAGCAGCCGCAACACCCAUCGCAGCACGCCCCAGAGCACCACCCUCAGCACAUGCACCCCGGAGCUGCAGCCUCUGCAAUGCAUGUGGCGGCGGCGGCCGCAGCUGCCGCCGCGGUGGCCGGGCAGCAGCCGCACUUCUACCACUACUACCCUGGGCACCACCCGCACUACCCGCCGCAUGCCCACCACCCACACUACCAGCCGCUGCCCGCCCACCCAGCCCAGCACCCGCACCACCUGCAAGGCCCUCAACAGCCGCAGCCGCACCACAUGCCGCCGCCUCAGGCGGCGCUUGCGGCGGCGGCCGCCGCCGCGGCGGCAGCGGCGGGACACGGGCCUUACGGGCACCCGCACCCACACGGCCAUCCCCAGGGCCACCCGCAUGGGCCCCUGUCACACGGGCAGCAGCAGCAGCAGCCGCAGCCGCUUCCCCAUGCGGCCUACCAUGCACACAACCCACAUCAGCCACAGCCCUACCUGCCUCACCAGUACCACCAGCCCCAUCAGCACCCAUACGGACAGCCCGGCGCCCCGGGGCCGCCGCCACACGGCACGUACCCGCCGAGCCACCCUGGCCACCACCAACACUUGGGCCCGCAUUACCCGCCGCACCCGCACCCGUACCCGCCGCACCUGCCGGCACCCCCCGUCGGCAGCGCUGCGCAUGCUGACAUGGUUGCUGCCGCCGCUGCAGCGGCUGCAGCGGCUGCAGCUGCUGCGGCGGCGGCGACGGGUGGCAGCCGCGGAGAGGGGCAACAGGCCCAGGGGCCAGGGCGCGCCAGUCAGGCUGUACAUUAUAUGGGGACGGAGGCAGGGGGCUGGGCAGGGGCUUGAUGCCUUUCCUGCCCAGGAUGAGGGCAUGUCGGAAGGAAUCGGCAGUUUACGGGCGCCGUUCGCGCCGAAUGCCGAGCGCGUGUUGGCGAUUGGCGACAGGCAACGUGAGUGGGAACGAACGACCAUACCCAUGCGUGCAUGCAUGGACAUGCAUGGACCAGAGCGGCAUUUCAUGAAUGAUGAAGUGUACAUAUAACACAUGUCAAUUAGGCAUGAAUGGUUUGUGACCACUGAUAAUCACCUUUUGGGCGUGGGACCGAUACAGAUGACUGACGUCGCCAGGUACGGCUUCUUGGCACGCGGACGUUGCCAGGAACUUGUCACGCGACUCCCCUUCAUAGUGAUGAACGAUCAGAAACAUAUUUAUGGUGGUUAUCUGCAAGGGAUGAUGGUAGGGGCGGUUGCACUGACGAGCGAUCAGCCAUGGAACCGGCGGGGGCACGGACGAGCAUGGCACGGUUUACCGUGCCGUAUGCCGCGUGCUCAGGCGGCAUACGGCUCUCAAAGCGGCUGUUCGAAACAUGUUCACCU